AUGCCCUUGCUUUAGUAGGUGCAGUGGGUAGGAAUAUAAAUGUUAAUUUUCUGACGUUGGCUGUCAUGACUUGUGUUUUGCACGCAUUUGGAAUUCUCGUUUUCCCUUUGGGUUUGAGUUUUAUCAUGAUGCUGAAUUUAUGCAGGAGGCUACUGCAAGAGCUUGAAGAAAUCCGCAAAUGUGGAAUGAAAAACUUCCGUAAUAUCCAGGUUGAUGAAGCUAAUUUAUUGACCUGGCAAGGGCUUAUUGUUCCUGACAAUCCUCCAUAUGAUAAAGGAGCCUUCAGAAUUGAAAUCAAUUUCCCAGCAGAAUAUCCAUUCAAACCUCCUAAAAUUACAUUUAAAACAAAGAUCUAUCACCCUAACAUCGAUGAAAAGGGGCAGGUUUGUCUGCCAGUAAUUAGUGCUGAAAACUGGAAGCCAGCAACCAAAACUGACCAAGUAAUCCAGUCCCUCAUAGCACUGGUGAAUGAUCCACAGCCCGAGCACCCCCUCCGGGCUGACCUAGCUGAAGAAUACUCUAAGGACCGUAAAAAAUUCUGUAAGAAUGCUGAAGAGUUUACAAAGAAAUAUGGUGAAAAGCGACCAGUGGACUAAAAUCUGACACAAGUGCUGUCAGCAACUAUGAUAGAAGAUCGGAGCAGUGCAUUUGAGACACCCCGUAAAGCAGGACUCUAUGGAAAAUUGACAAGUGCCACCUUUCGGUGUGAACUUGUGGCUGUUACUAACUUUCUACAGUUUUCUUAAUCAAAAGUGGGCUAGGUAACCUGUAAAGAAAGGAUUAAAAUUUAAGAUGUUCUAGUUCUGCUUUCUUUGUUUAAAAAUCACUGCUUCAAUAUACUUUAAAGUAUGCUGUUUUCUUUUUCUUGUCAGAAUUUAUCAAAAAUAUCUUAGACUUAUAUUCUGCCCUUAAAUUGAAAAGGUUGUGGCUGUCAUUUCUUAUUUUUCCUUACAGUUCCCACUAUCUUGAGUUCAUUCAUUGAGUUUUAACCCCCUCCUCAAAGUGAUGUCUUAGGAAAAAUAUCCCAGUUCUGGCAGAAAAUGAUUGAGUGUUUGGCAGUUUCAUUUACUUUUUCUUUCUAAAUGUUGCACUGUGCUUUGUGGGACUUGUUGCAAGUUCCCCUGAACCUCAGUUUGUAACAUAAUAAACAAAAUCCAAGCCCACAAAACCAAUCAGAAAUAAUGUCUGGGUCUGAUGUAAAUCUGGCCAAUGUCUAUUAAACGGGGAAACCUAA